GGGGAGGGGCCAGCCCAUGGUGGGUGGUGCCACUUCUUUGCUGGUGGUCCUGGGAGAUAUAAGAAAGCAGGCUGAGCAAGCCGCGGGGAGCAAGGCAGGAAGCAGCCCUCCUCCAUGGCCUCAGCGGCAGAUGCCCCUGCCGUAGGGUUCCAGCCCUGCUUGAGUUCCUGCCCUGACUUGCUUUUUUGUCAUGAUGCUUCAUCACAGCAAUAGAAACCCUGACUAAGACAGAGGUCUCAGGGGAGAAGUGGCCCAUGUCUCCAUCCAUGGGUGACACGUGUCUAUCUACAGACAACAGAGAAGCAACCUACAUUCUUCUCACAGGGGAACACUAUCCGGCCAUUAGGGAGAGGCGCUCAGACACCUGCUGCAGCUGGGUGACUCCAGAGCACACACUGGGCUAAGCCACGCGACCAAGGCAUGCAGGACAACCGUGUCUGAUGCUGCGGGUGCUGAGGUCCCUAGACUGGUCACCUUCAUAGAGUCAGCAGGUCAAACUGGACAGCAGGUCGAAGUGGCAUUACUGAGCACAGACUUGCGAUUUUACAAGGUAAAAGGUUCUGGAGAUGACGGCGAGACCUAGGAAGUACUCAUGCCUAAAGAGGGGUCAAACGGCCAUUUUAUAAUGAUCAACCGUUAAAGUCAAAUGCUGAGAGACCUGUCUGAUUUGCCAUGUCAUGGUCUCCGGGGCAGGCAGGCAGGCAAGAGUGCGGCCACAAGAAGAAAGAACAAACUUGAGAAGGUUGCUAAGGCCCACCUGGAGAAUGGGAAGAGACAGUCGCUAUUCCUCCUGGGGAAUGGAAGUGAGGGCUGAUCAGGUUCCAGGAAGCCACGCCCACUUGUGCCAGAGCCAUCAAACCCCCGUUGCCCCGCCCCAGAGGUCAGGUAUAAGUGGCAUCUGGUCAGGAGAGGUCAAGUGCUGGGGGCGGUGGCAUCGUGGUCAGAGCCCAGGGAGGACCUGCCUGUGCACUGGAUUCCUUGAAGGUCAUGGCCCAUGAAGACGGACUGCCUUCGGGCCCGCAUGCCAGCUGCCUGCUGCACACCCCGGAGGGCCAGCUUUCUAGGGACUGCACUGCCACCCACACAAAUAUGUAAAUGUCUGUUAGGGAUGGGGUAAGAAAGAAGGAGGCCUCCAGCCUCACUGCCUCAAAGCCCUGCAUGACUCUCGGGGCCAAAGUAAAGGGAUUCCCCCGUCUUUGGACUUCAGUGGGGAUCUGCUGUCUGGGUCAUGACCUUUCAAACUGCUCUGUGAGGCUCUGUGUGGUCAGCUAGCGCUUCCAAAGGGGUAACUGCACACAGGCUGCCAAGGCCAGCUCUGCCCUCAGUUUUGAGGACACUGGGAGCUGUCAGUGAUGGGGCUGCCACCCCCGAAGCCUAGAGUCAGCCUUUGGGCUGAGUGUGAUUAAUUUAGCAGUAGGUACCAGCAGUGGCCGCCUGGCUUUUUCCAGAGAAAACAGGUUACAUUUGGAUGUAAGAUGUGUGAGCCCAGGGCCACUAGAAGCUGCUGUGCCCGUCAGCCUGAGCAGCCCUCAGUGCAGGAGCUGCCACAGUACUGCCACAUAUUUACCCUCUAUGUGGCUCUCACAAGGGAACUUACUUGUAGAGCUCCUGGGUGAAGGCUUUGUUCUGAAAUAAAGGAUGGUUUCUCAGACAGAGCUGGGGUGGAGGUGUACCCCCCCCAACCCAAGGGCUCUGCCCCCAGGAGGGUAUCGGCUAGGAUGCCGGGCCCAUGGUGGAGUGCACACAGGGCACCAGGUGGGUAUUCCAACAAGGCCAGGCCUGGCAUGUCAAGAGCUGGAGAUCUGACCUGCCCUGCCUGACUGGGGAGCAGGCGGGGUCCAAUCCUUGUGGGGCUGCCCAGAAGAGCCGUUUGAGGCCCCAUCUCUCAGUUCUCGGUUCCUGGGCAGAGCCAUCGUCAGAGCAAGGUCAAACAGGUCUGGAGCUGUCUUUCUGUCAUCCUAGCCCGUUGUCAUCACAGUGAUGCAAGCCUUACGCUUGACUGCGUUGUGGUUAGGGGAGUUUUGGAGUGAGCAUGCUCAGACCCCCCACUACUUCCUGAAACCUCUCAGCUGGGCCUGUAGAGAGGUGCUCAGUGCUGUCAGGACCGGUCUACUCUGUGCUGCCUUGGAGCUCGCUUGGGUCAUUUUAAGCUGUCAGAGCCACCUUCACAAAGGGGUCCACAGAACUCACCUAGGAGCCACCAUGAGAUCAGAACCCACUAAUGCAGCAGGAAACACCACACUGGGUGUCACCUCUAUUCUUCAGACUACCUCAGUCCCCUCUUCUGAGACCUGCUCCAUGUCCUACGGGGAGAGCAGAGUGGUCCUGGUGGUGGUGUACAGCGCAGUGUGCAUGCUGGGCCUACCGGCCAACUGCCUAACCGCCUGGCUGACACUGCUGCAAGUCCUGCGGAGAAACGUGCUAGCCGUCUACCUGUUCUGCCUGUCUCUCUGCGAGCUGCUCUACACCAGCACGCUGCCCCUGUGGAUCAUGUACAUCCAGAAUAAGCACAAAUGGAAUCUAGGGCCACAGGCCUGCAAGGUGACUGCUUACAUCUUCUUCUGCAACAUCUACAUCAGCAUCCUCUUGCUCUGCUGCAUUUCCUGCGACCGCUACAUGGCCGUGGUCUAUGCGCUGGAGAGCCGGGGCCACCGCCACCAGAGGACUGCCGUCACCGUUUCUGCGUGUGUGAUGAUUCUGGUUGGACUUGUUAACUAUCCGGUGUUUGACAUGAAAGUGGAGAAGAGCUACUGCUUUGAGCCCCUGAGAAUGAACAGCAGGAUAGCCAGCUACCACUACCUGCGCUUCACCUUUGGCUUUGCCGUCCCUCUCGGCAUCCUGGCGUUCACCAAUCACCGGAUCUUCAGGAGCAUCAAGCUCAGCGACAGCCUGAGUCCUGCGCAGAAAAACAAGGUGAAGCGCUCUGCCAUCGCGGUUGUCUCCAUCUUCCUGGUCUGCUUUGCUCCCUAUCACGUGGUGCUGCUCAUCAAAGCUGCCGGCUUCUCCUUCUACCAAGGAGACAGGGUCGCCGUGUGUGCCUUUGAACGGCGACUGUACACGGUCUCUAUGGUGUUUCUGUGCCUGUCUACGGUCAACAGUGUAGCUGACCCCAUCAUCUACGUGCUAGUUACCGACCAUUCUCGGCAAGAAGUGUCCAGAAUCCACACAGGGUGGAAAAAGUGGUCCAGGCAGACGGACAUUAUGUGCUCAAAGAACUCUGAGGAGACUCGCUCGCCCUCAGCGCUUGCAGACACGAGCACCUUCCUCAGUCCCACGCAGCUUCCAGGGUCACAGUCAGUGGAGCUGGGUUCGCUGUGCUCGCUAGAGAGACUGCCUGAGGAGCUCUGCUGAGCCUCCAAACCAGCGCCAGUCACACCCACCCGGACCUUUGAGUGUGACACCUCACUCAAAGGAUGGUGGAUCAUGUGCACAGAUGUGGGUGUCCACAGUACUGUAGAUGCCUUUUUGGAAUCCAUGCUGCUGAUCUUUCCUUCCUAAGGCCGCCAACUCUGAAAGUAUCUGUUCCUUAGAUGUCAAGGGUCUUCAGGCUCUCCUCUAUGGAAAGUGGCACUUGCUAAGGGCACCAGUCACAGCCCUAGGCUUCCAGGGACCCGGGGAGCGUGGCUGGCAGGAGAGCUCUUGAUCAGCAGGGCACUUGAUAGAGCACUUUAUUUUCCUGCAUCGACCAAUGGCUGACGAGGUUCAUCUGGGGGCUUUCAACAGAGAUGGAAAUGAACGGUAUUCAGGGUUACCACCCUGGUGCCAGAGUUAUAGGGGACAGGAGUCCAACCCUGAGGGCUCCCAUUGGAUGCUGGUUCUGAGUAGACAUGAUUGUCUUCUAGGGGAGCCAUGGAGCAUGGUGGUCAGUCGUUCCAGCUCUAGUAGCCCUGCACAGAGGGCUCCUCCCCAGGGACUCCCCUUAACCAUUUACAUUAGGAAGUGCUAGCGGACACCACAGGACUAGGUUGGUAUAGCUGCUACCAGAUAAGGGGAUAUCUGGCAUCUGGCACAUCUUUCUCUGCCUUGCAACUUCUGGCCUUGACAUCACAGAGGAGGUAGGCUGGGGCUCCUGGCGGGGCAAGCCAAGAGCAGGCCCCACUCUGCCCCAUUUUCCCCAAUGUUGACUCGAGUCAAAUCCCAGCCCUGCUCCAAGAGCCUGUCUUGCUGAGUCAUUCCCUUGCUACCUCACCGGAUCACUCCCUGUUGGGACUGACGCUGCCCCUCCCCGCCCCUGGACUCCCUAUACACUUGGAGUGCAAGGGCCAAGGACCCCGGAGCUUGGCAGGCCUCCCAAAGCACACACCUCACGGAUGCUGCACAGAGACUGUGACCUCAGAGGUUAACUUCAGUUCUUCCUCCUAAGAAGUACUGAGAAGAACUCAAAGACAGAACUCGGUUCCCCACUUCCUUUCCUUACUGAUGGGUGUAUUUUUUUUUUAUUGUGUUUUUGAGAUAAGGUCUCGUGUAGCUCAGACUGAUCGUAAACUCACUAAGAAACCAAGGAUGACCUGUUGUCUCCUGAUCCUGUUGUCCCCACCUCUGAGGGUGGGGUUAUAAGCUUGCACCACCAGCUGUACGUUCCUCUUUAGUGUGUGUGUGUUUAGUUAUUUAUUUGUAUGGAUGUGUGUGCAGACUGGGCUGUGUGUGUGUGUGUGUGUGUGUGUGAGUGCACGCACAUCCCAUAUACAAAGGCCACAGGUUGACACCUGAUAUCUUCUCUGAUUGCUCUCCCCUUAUUUAGUGAGGCAGGGUCUCUCGCUGAAACCAGAGCUCACCAAUUUGGCUAGACUAGUUAGCAGGCAUGCUCCUGCUCCGGGCAAUCCCUGUCUCUGCCUUGCCAGCAGAGGGGCGGUACAGGCAGGCAGGCAGGCAGACAAACAGGCAGGCAGGCAGUGUGUGUGUGUGUGUGUGUGUGUGUGUGUGUGUGUGUGUGUUUGUGCGUGCGUGCCCUCGGGCCUCAGCUUUGUUUAGUUCUGCUUUUAGGAGACAAGUUUCUCUCUACGGUUCUGGCUGUCAGACCAGACUGGACUGAAACUCACAGAGAUCCCCCAGCCUCUGCCUUGGGAUUAAAUGCACACAACACCUUGCCCAGCCCCGCGCCUCAUCUUCUGUGUGGGUGCUGGGGAUCCAAACUCUGGUCGUCACUUGCGAAGCGAACACUUUAAGAACUGUCCCAUCUUCACAGUCUCUCUACUUCCUUCUUAAAAUAAAACUUUUUUUUUUUAA